UCCUUCUCGCGUCUUCUGGAAACCCAACCCUCACCCAUCUGGUCCCCUUCCCUCGCACAGAGAGAGAGAGAGAGAGAGAGAGAGAGACGUAGUUGUAUUCCCCAUUCGUCCAUGGCGUUGUCUCACUACUCACUAGCUGUAGCCGCCGAAACCUCAAACCCUCAUAACACUUCACUCAUGACUUCUUCUUCUCCUAAGUGUUCGCUUCUUCCCAUUGCUUUCUCUUCUUCUACGUUCUCCCCUCUCAAGGCCGCAACUCCAACGCUCUCUCCCCUUCCCAAAAUCCGAAGGAUUUCCCACAAAGCCAAGGCUACGCCACAAGAACCUGAAUCCAGUUUAGCUGCGGAUGCUUUUACUCAUUUCAAGCAUCUGCUUCUGCCAAUUACAGACCGGAAUCCGUAUCUCUCUGAAGGAACGAGACAGGCUGCAGCAACUACUGCUGCUUUGGCAAAGAAAUAUGGGGCUGAUAUUACUGUUAUAGUUAUUGAUGAAAAGCAGAAAGAAUCAUUGCCCGAGCAUGAUAGCCAACUCUCUAGCAUACGCUGGCAUCUGUCUGAAGGUGGAUUUCAGGAAUUCAAGUUGUUAGAGCGACUUGGGGAGGGGAAGAAGCCAACGGCCAUCAUCAGUGAGAUUGCCGAUGACAUGAGUUUGGAUUUAGUCGUUAUGAGCAUGGAAGCAAUCCAUUCCAAGCAUGUGGAUGCUAACCUUUUGGCGGAAUUCAUCCCUUGCCCUGUCUUACUUUUGCCCCUCUAGAGCAUGCCCAGUUUUUUUUUAAUACUAAGAAAAACAAUUCCCUGUGCCCAGUGUGGUUGCUGUUUUCGGAAUCUUUUUUCCUGGUUUUAAUUUUUUGCUCUCUCUCUCUCUGUCUCUCCACUUUUCUUGGAAGUUUCGGAGUUUCUGUGUUUUAGAAAUGAGAAACUUCAUUGAUACUAUCAAUUAAGAUCGUACAACCGAAUGCAUACAACCACAUCGAAAAAUCUAGGCCGUGUUCUUUCUAUAAAAAAAAAUUGGUAUUUAUUUCGUCUUUUCUGAA